AUGGAAUUAUCAUAUUAGAAUGUCCAGGAUACCUGUAUUUAUUGAAAGAAGUGCUAGGAAAGGAUGGAAUACUUCUGUGGAAUCUUGUAUAUUCAUAGCUUGUGACUCAGUUGAAACAUCUAGUGAAUUAGAUGACAUGCUAGAAUCCGAUCCAACAUUAACUGAUGGUAAUGAGGAAACUGUGAAUGAUCUAAAAAUUGUGGGAGAUGAUUUAGAGUUCUCUGAAGACAGACUGAUUGACAAAGUUCAGUUUAAUGACACCCUGGAGUCUAAACUUGACGAGGAAGAUGAUAAAGUUAAAGGUGUUGUACAAGGAAAUGGUAGAAUGGCAGUAAAUUCAGCUGUAACAUUUACCAUAGUAUCCUGUUGUAAAGGUGUUGUUAAUACCACAUGUAACUGUAACAAAUGCAAUGAAGGAAUCAGCUUGGAAGAAUUUGUUACCAGUAGGCAAGGUGAUGGGAAGAAAAUGAAAGAAGUUGAUACUCCUAACAAAGGUCCACGAAGUCUGAUUCCAAGACCAAGGAAGCUUACAGCUGGAAAAGUUGCAGUGACCCCAGCUCCCGUAAAGAAGUGCAAGACCAAACCAGAGAAAAGGGAUAAAGCAUGGAAAAAUGAGGAGAAAAUUUCCACCAAACAAAUUACAGCUGUGGGUAAAAAUGAAUCUAAAAGUAAUCUGUUGGAAAUGGAAAUUGUGAAAAGAAAGAAAAAUGAGUCAAAUAAUUCCUUUAAUGAAAGCUCUAUGAUCAUUAAUACAGAUAAAGAAAAGGACAAGUUUGAUGUUUUCAGUGAUGUAAAGAAGCAACUGGUUUACAAUGAUAUAGAUGAUAAAAGUGGGUGUAUUGAUGAAAAAGAAUGGACAUGCACUGAAUCUGGCAUGUUUAGAUCUCAGCAAGAUCCCGAGGAUUCAGAGCCAGAAUAUGCUCAACAUGAAAAUUUAAUGCAAAAGAAUGAAGAUGAGCUUCUACAGUUGCAAGAAAGUAAUAAACAAAUUGAAAGUAAGACAGUAGGGGUUAAUACUAAACUUGGCACUAAUCAGGCAGUCACUUCAUUUAUACAUUGUGAUACAUCAGACGGAAUAGGAAAAUGUUGUAAUGAUGAUAAAGGAGCUAUCAAACAAGUGAAAGCUGUCACACCUCGAGGCAGUGGAAUUCCAAGGUUCCAGAAUCAUACAAGUAAGGACAGUUACAGGGACAGAUCAAAGUUAAAUACCGCAGAUUCACCAAGAUCUCAUUGUGUAUCUGUGUCACCAAAUUACAGUGUUACACCAAGAAGUUUCUCUAGAGCAAGUAGCAGAGAUUCUAACUCGUCAAGAAAUAGUUCUAUCUCACCACAAAGGACCUACACUUCUUCUGUUUCAUCUCUUUACAAAUCUUCAAGACCUUCUCCAAGAUCUAGACAACCUGUAAAGCCAAAUCAUGCAAGUGUUCAAGAUGAACAAUUACAAAAUGAGGAAGUGAAAACAAGUAAUGCGAAGAAGACUGUAAUUUUGAAAACGCAAAUUGUUCAUGAAACAAAAUCAUCAAGAUUGCGGAGAAAAGCUGUUGAUGGAGGGGGUUUAAGUGAUGAUGAAAUAAGUCAUGAGAUAAGGAAAGAAAAUCCCAGAGGUAAAGUCCAUGUUAGUGCAGCUGUUCCAACAUUUACAGAUGACGUUAAGGACAGUAUGUAUCACUCUCGACGGAAUUUACCUAGAGCCCCGGCUCAAGUACGUAAAGUACGGUACGGGCAAAGAUGUAUCGUUGAUGAGGAGGAUAGCUUUGAAGGAGGCUUAACUCGCCAGUCUGUGUCAGGUUCAAAACUAAAUAAUGGAAAACCACCAAGUGGGCCGGCGGCAUCUUCUGCCAAUACUAGUAGUAGUAAAAGAGCCCCAUGGGACCUUAAGGGUCGACUGCAAGAUAUGGAGGAGAAAUGGAAGAGUAAAGAAAGAGAAAGGGAAGAUAUGAUGAAACAAAUGCAAGCAUGCAGUAGUAGAAUAAACAUGCUAGAAAGUCAAAAUAACCAACUAUCGGGGACUGUAGCGGAAAAAGAAGUUCAUUACACAAACGCAUCAAAGGAGAUUGAAACCCUGAUGAAGAAAUUAAGGAAUACAGAGGAUGAGUUAAAUGAUGUCAAAAGACAAUCAGAAAGGGACACUGAAAAUUUUGAGUUUACCAAGGCAACAUUACGUCGGCAGAAAGAAGCUUUAGAAGGGGAGAUUCACGGUCUCCAGCAAGAAGUAGCAGGGCUCAAGUCUUCCAUAGCUCAGCUGACGUCGUCACAAGCUGGACUCAAGUCUGAAGUUGAUGCUACAAAGCUUGCUCUUGAGCAAGCAAACUCGACGAUAAAUCUGAGGGAUUCAAGCAUCGAGGAGUUGCAGAGGAAAUUAAGAGAACAAAUAGCAGUAAACGAAGACCUAAAUACCAAAUGUAGGGAGCAUGAAACAGUUCGUCGAAAAUUACAUAAUACCAUACAAGAGUUAAAGAGUACUUUAGGUGGAAAUCGUAAAGGCAAUGGAAAGUAUGAGUUUGGUUUUGACAGAGUUUUUGGACCUGCUACAACUCAAUUUGAAGUGUUUGACGAGAUCUCUCAACUUGUACAGUCAGCCUUAGAUGGGUACAAUGUAUGCAUAUUUGCAUAUGGUCAAACAGGAAGUGGAAAAACAUUCACAAUGGAGGGUCCGUCAGUUGUAGAUGACGAGAAUAGAGGUGUUAUUUCAAGAGGUGUUCUACAGAUCUUCAGUAGCACAAGGGAUUUGGUUGAUAAGGGAUGGCAGUAUGAAUUUGAAGGCUCAUUCCUCGAGAUUUACAAUGAAACAAUACGAGAUCUCCUAGGCAACCAGGAAGGUGCUAAACAUGAAAUAAAGAUUGCGAACAACGAUGUCACGGUGACUAACUUGACCACUGUACAGAUAACAAGUGAAGACCAGAUAACAGAUCUUCUGAAACUGGCAUCAAAGAACAGGGCAGUCGGUGAAACUAACUUGAAUGAGAGGUCCUCUAGAAGUCAUAGUGUGUUCAGACUGAAAAUUACUGGAAACAACAGUAUCACACAGGAACAUUGUAAAGGCACUCUAAAUCUGGUGGAUUUAGCCGGAAGUGAAAGAUUAAAGGACUCAGGAGCCACUGGUCAGAGAUUGAAGGAAACACAGUGUAUAAAUAAAAGUUUAUCUAACCUGGGAAAUGUCAUCAUGGCACUCGGCAACAAGGAAAGCCACAUUCCUUAUAGAAACAGCAAAUUGACGUACCUGUUACAGAACUCGUUAGGUGGCAAUAGUAAGACCCUCAUGUUUGUGAAUGUUUCACCUCGUGAGGAAAACUUCUCGGAAACAUUGAACUCGUUGAGAUUUGCUACAAAAGUGAAUCAAUGCAAUAUUGGUACCGCUACAAAGAAAACGAAAUAGGCAGCUUUAUUAGUUUGAACAUUUUAGACUUACUAGUACAACUAGAGGAAGUGCUGUUUUGCAGGAGAGGACUGAUGCUAUUGGAAUAGAAAAGAAAAGAAUGCGAGAAAAGAAAAGAAUGCAAGCAUGCAAAACAUUUUGUCAUAUGCCAAUAUGAUGCCUUAAACGUAAAAGAAAAUAAUGUGUGUUCAUCAUGGCAAUAUUUUUUUUAUGCCCCCUGCUAUAAAAUGGUGGGAAAGGGGGCAUAUAGUGUUACCCUUGUCUUUGUCAUUGUGUUAAAAAAAAAACAUACUUAAUGUCUACUCCAUAACUUCUACAUGCAUGAUGGGACAUUAAAAUAAUUUGUGCACACAACCACAAUAAGUAAAGCAUGUGUUUUAUGCAAGAAAAAGGUCCCUUGCUCAAAGGUCAGGGUCAUAGCAGGGAAUUGGACUUUAGUGUAUAGGUCAUACAGUCCUAAGUGCAGUUGGGGAUUUUGUCCAGGUUGAUGCAUCACAAACAAGGUCAAAGUUCAAGGUCACACUGAGCUAGAGAUUGAACUUACUGUUUUGUCACAUAGUCUUUAGUGCAGCUUGAGUUUGGUCUCUAACUUUUUCAUGCAUGAUGAGUUUCAAAAGAAAUUGGUACAGAUGUUCACCAUAAGAUGGUGAUGUGUUGUGUGCAAGCACCUUCAAAGUUUAGGUCAUACUUGCUAGUCAAAGGUCAAAUCCUGUCUGGCUAAUAACUUUGUCAUUUCUUUAUGGAUUGUCAAAAUAUUUGGCAGAUUUCUUCAACAGGGUCAGUGGGAGCUUUCUUGCGCAACACCAAGAUCAAUGGUGCACUUGAGGUGAAGUGUCAUAUAGCAGGGGGCAUCCGUGUCUCUUAUGGACAUAAUUAUACCCCCGCACAACAAAGUUGUAAGAGGGGUAUACUGGAAUCAGCUUGUCCGUCCGUCCAGCUGUCCGUCCGGCCGUCCGUCCGUCGGUUUUUUCUUGUCCGCCCAAUAACUUAAGAUUCCUUUGACCCUUAGUCUUCAUAUUUGGCAUGGAGGUUAGUCAUGAUAAGUAGAUGACCCCUAUUGAUUUUGAGGUCACCAGGUCAAAGGUCAAGGUCACAGGGGCCUUUACUUCAAAAAGCUUGUCCACCCAAUAACUUAAGAUUCCUUUGACCUACAGUCGUCAUAUUUGGCAUGGAGGUUAGUCAUGAUUAGUAGAUGACCCCUAUUGAUUUUGAGGUCAAAGGUCAAGGUUACAGGGGCCUUGACUUCAAAAAGCUUGUCCGCCCAAUAACUUAAGAUUCCUUUGACCCUUAGUCUUCAUAUUUGGCAUGGAGGUUAGUCAUGAUUAGUAGAUGACCCCUAUUGAUUUUGAGGUCACCAGGUCAAAGGUCAAGGUCACAGGGGCCUUGACUUCAAAAAGCUUGUCUGCCCAAUAACUUAAGAUUCCUUUGACCUACAGUCGUCAUAUUUGGCAUGGAGGUUAGUCAUGAUUAGUAGAUGACCCCUAUUGAUUUUGAGGUCACUAGGUCAAAGGUCAAGGUCACAGGGGCCUUGACUUCAAAAAGCUUGUCCACCCAAUAACUUAAGAUUCCUUUGACCUACAGUCUUCAUAUUUGGCAUGGAUGUUAGUCAUGAUUAGUGGAUGACCCCUAUUGAUUUUCAGGUCACCAGGUCAAAGGUCAAGGUCACAGGGGCCUUGACUUCAAAAAGCUUGUCCGCCUAAUAACUUAAGAUUCCUUUGACCUACAGUCGUCAUAUUUGGCAUGGAGGUUAGUCAUGAUUAGUAGAUGACCCCUUUUGAUUUUGAGGUCACUGGAUCAAAGGUCAAGGUCAUAGGGACUUUGACUUCAAAAAGUUUGUCCACCCAUUAACUUAAGAUUCCUUUGACCCACAGUCUUCAUAUUUGGUAUGAAUGUUGAUCAUGACUAUAAGGUGGGUUAUUGAUUUUGAGGUCACUGGGUCAAAGGUCAAGGUCACAGAGACCUUGACAAAAAAAGCUUUUCUUCUCAAUUGCUUAAGAAUGUCCUGUCCGCAAUGUAUUGAUUUUGACAUUUUCACAUUUGAAGCAUGUAGAAUACAUAACUUAGCAAUGCACUGGCUUAGUAACCUCAGAUUUGGCAGGGAGGUUGUCCUUGAGCUCUAAAUGGCCACUGUUGAUUCUGACAAAGUGGUAUGCGGGGGUAUUCACGCCAUGAUAGUGGCAGUUCUAGUUCUUUUAAAAUUAAUGUGUUCAAUGUCAAAAUUUGUUUUUGUAUGUAUCAUUAUUUUAACAAAGAUUUUAACCUAUACAAGUGUAAAUCAUUGAGUAUAAGUGGCAGUUUACUGCAGUGUUGUUUUAUUUUAUGUUUGGACUGGUGUUUCUGGAUUCCUUUAAUCCGUCCAAAGGAUAUUUGACUGCCAUUGAUAAAUUUUAAUAUGAGCAGCAUCACGACAAAACCAACAUAAUGGGUUUGUGACCAGCAUAGAUCCAGACCAGCCUGCGCAUCCGCAGAAACUGAUAGCGAACAGCAUGGAUCCUGAUCAGACUGUGCAGAUGCGCAUGCUGGUCUGGAUCCAUGUUGGUCGCAAACCCAUUAUGUAUGCAUUUAUAGUGUCUUCAGUGCUGGGCAAAAUAUGUUGUUUUUUCAGUUUUUAUCUCAAUAAUAAUACAGAUAUCUCUAUCUAAAUGUAGAUCUGUCAUACCACAUGGGUGCCUGCAACUAUGUCAGACCAUGUCACAUCUUGGUUAAGUUUUUUGUACCAACCCUAAGAGCUACAAUCCUCAAAGUCAGAAUAUCAAAUUAUGACCAUUACUUUCUGCUUUAUUGCAAGAGUACAUAACUUUGUUGACAAAAUCAGACCCAUUUUAAGCUUGACUACUUGGAGAAUAGGGAGGGCUGUUGUACUCAACAUUGUGUUGGUGUUGCCAUCACAGUUAUGUUUUUGAGUGCAAGUUGGUAUCUCCAAAACUACUGAAGGGAAUGGGUUGAAACUUCACACACACUUAUUAAAGAGAAUGAUAGGAGGUCACUGUCCAAGUUCCAACAUGGAUUUUGACAGAAUUAUGGCCCCUUUUGAACUUAGUAAAACAACAACCUGGAUAAUGUAAAAUUUUCUAUCAAGUACUGAGAAUAGCCAAGCACGCUGUCCUACCAACAGCUCUUGAAUAACUAAUAUUAGUUAAGUGUUGUUUUUUUUUUUUUCCUACUGCCUCACCUUUUCAAAGAACCCUUUUUGAGGCAUUGUUUAAAAAGCAUGAAUAUUGGUUUAUAACUAUGAUAUUUUUAUGUAGAUAGAAGUAAACUGUAAAUAUGAGGCCAUUUUAAAAAUGUAUUUGUAAGCAAUGUAAAUAUAUCUAUAAAAUGAAUUUGUCAUGAAACAUGAUUUUAUUUAUAAAAAGCAUUUCAUUUGAAGUUUAGAGAUUGAAAUAUCUUGAGACUUGAGUGCAUUUUUAUUAGCAUUUUUUUAUUAUUAUUAUUCCAUUGUUGAAUGUGCAGUUAUUGUAUGGAAUAUAACCAGUAUUUUUUGCUUUAAAGCUACACACCUCCAGAUUAUAAAAAUGAAUUAUUUCAUUCAGGAGGAAAAAAACUAUUGGAAGUUUUAAAAUAUAUACAUGUGUAUAUAAUGAUUAAUGAAAAUAAGAAAUGUAUAGCUAUUCCUUAUUCAUAGGCCAAUUAAAUUGUUUUUUGGGCACAAAAUUUGAUUUAAAAAAUAAACGUAGUAAGUCCCCUAGUAAAGCUUUUUAAUUUCUUUAUUUUAUCACUUACUAAUAUAAAAAAGAUAUUAUAUUUUGAACUCUUUCCAAAUUUUUCAUUAAAAUUUGCAAGAAUCGGGAGAUGUGUUGCUUUAAAAGAUAUUUUUAAAAGAUUUUUUAUAUUGGAUUAUCUAGCUAUUAUCUUUGUAUGUCAUUUUCUGUGAUGUCAUUUUCUGUGCUUUCUUCUACACUUUUGUUGUACAUGUAGACAUAUGGUCUAAGAAAACUUCAUGAGACACUAUGUUAACCUUUAGCCUUGCUUACAUUAUGUAAAUGGACUUACAUUGUACUGUACUUGUUAUAUUGGUGAAAUACAUUGUCAAAAAGUGAAAUUUAAGGAGUAGAUUAACAGUGUAGAGUCUUGACUGACUUCUAGAAUAUUUAAGCCGAUCAGGCUGUGUACUAAAAGCAAAGGUAAAUUCAUAAUCUCUAUUCCAUAUCAUGCUAGCUUUGGGAACUUUACUUCUGCUGAGAUACACCUUACCUGAAAUAUUGCUUGAGAGUGUUUAAAUAAGCUUUCAACACAAUUGAACUAAAAUAAAUUUGUGCCGCGUCACGACAAAACCAACAUAGUGCGUUUGCGAUCAGCAUGGAUCCAGACCAGCCUGCGCAUCCGCGCAGUCUGAUCAGGAUCUAUGCUGUUUGCUAUCAGUUUCUCUACUUGUAAUAGGCUCGGUAAGCGAACAGCAUGGAUCCUGGUCAGACUGCGCAGUUGUGUAGAGUUGGUAAGCGAAUAAUAUUAAUAUUUUGAAAAUUAAACAAAUGAACAUUACAGUCUCGUCAUAACUUGUACAGAAGUUUAGACAGACUAGGUUCUAUAAUUGUCAAAUAGUGUAUACAUUAUCACCUUUCUUAGAAAAAAGUUUAGCAUGGCUAAUUGUACCGCCCAAAAUGUCCAGUGUUCUUUUUUCUGUUUCUCUCAUAAUUCCUGUUGUACAUAGUUCAUUUCUUUUUAUGUCGUAUAGUAACAUUAAGCUUUUAUUCUGUAUUUAUGUCCUUGUCUUAUACAUCUGUGUUUUUCCUGACUUGUAUUCUAUUGUAGGCAUAUACUUCUUGACUGCACUUUAAUACUAUGCUUGCUUUGAUCUUAAAAAGAUAUAUUUUACCCACUGAAAAUUUCCUGAUUUUUAACACAGUUUGAUUUAAAAUGGAAUUAAACAUCAGAGUAAGUAAAUAAAAAAAGUAAAUAAUAUAAACAUUCCAUUUAAAUAGACAGAAUAAAAGACAACCAAAACUUGAUUUUAAAGGGUAUAAUAUUUUUGCCUUUGCAUUUAUUUUCUUAUUGUAUUAUUUAUUAACUAUCUAAGUGAAAAUACAUGUAAUGAUGAUUUAUGUUUAGAAAAGAUGCAAUAUUUUAUGAAAAGAUUGUACCAACACAAUGCAAAUUUUAUAAUCUGCCAUGUAUUUACAGUCUAAUCUGUGUUAAAGACCAUAUUUGAAUAUAGAUGGCCCUGCAUUUAUCUUCACAAAUCUUUCAUUGAUUAAAUAUAAGAGUUACCUCCAACAAAAGACCACUUGUCUUUAAAGGCUAUAUUCAGUCUGUCCCAUGGAUGGCCAUUGUUCACAGGUUUGGCUGUAGUUUCAUUGUAACAUUAUUUUCUUUAGGAUGUUUCAUAUAUUUAUGGUUUAUGACUCCUGAUAGAUACUCGGUUUCAAUUUUUAGGUCAAUUAAUCUCUAAAUGCGAAAUAUAUUUUUCAGAUUUUGUUAUGUUUCCUAGGGUAGCAAGAAAAUCAUCUGUGUAGUUGUAAUUUUUAUAAAAUAUGCAAAGUAUUUCUCACUAUCUAUGCAUUGGUAAAGUAUAAAAACUAUAUAUGAAUAAAAUAGUAAACGUUUCA